AUGAAACAGUUGCCGCUACCAGUCCCCAUUUGUCGGUCACAACCAGCAAAAGAACCUGUCCGGAACUGUGUCACAUGUGCCUUCGAGUUCUGCAAAAAAUGUUGCCCUGCAUAUCAAAGCGCUAUCGGGAGGCUAUGUGCACAACAUCCGCCACCUGUCACUCUUGGAGUUGGAGCGACUCCUUCUCAUGCUGAACUGUCCCUGGAUACUCCGACUGCGGCUGGGAACGAUGAAGCCAAUCUCAAUCGUCCCCUACGACAGGAACACUAUGAUGCCCAGGAUCGCACACAGAAGGAUUGGGAGACUUGGAAAAACCAGUUGACCCAGCAGAAGAUUGCUGUGGAUGCCUUGAAGCGAACUGUAACUAUCUUGUAUUGGAAGAAUGAUCAAGAGCCUGAGGCCUUUACUGUCCCAUGUCCGUGUUUCCCUGUGUUUGAUCUCAAGUCUUGUGUGGCUGUCCUCCGGGAAGAGAUGGGGGUUCCUGACGAUGGUAGAUUGAUUGAAACUUUCGACCCCGAACAAGGACGAUGGGCGUCGCAUGGGCCUUCAACUCCCAGAGAUAUCGGCUCGCUGCCUUGUCUUCUCUAUUGUGCUUGUGGUGUCAAAUCUGGAACUGACAUGGAAUUGAAGGACACCAAUUCUGAAGACGAAGAUGUACUUGCUGAAAAGGCAAGUUCGGGCCAUGCAGCUUGGCCUUUAAAGUAUGUUGCAUCAAUGGCAGAAGGGUUCAAGCAAAUGUCGACCAUGAUGGGCCCCAUUCAUUCUCGGUUCGAGUCAGCCUUUGGCUCAAAAUAUCCUGGCUCAAAGGCAACAUGGAACACCCAUUCAAGUAUUUGGGAAGCAGCCACGAAAGAUCAGAAAAAGCGUUACAUCGAGGCAGGAUUUUCUAAGGAGGGUCUUUGGAAGUCAUUUAGGCAUGAAGUUGAGGAUGCAUAUGGAGGAAAAACACAGACUAGAUACGAACGGGAGCAUAAUGCUAUAAUUAACAACCUCCAUUCGUGCUUCCCCCAUCAGUACAUGAACACGGCAACUGGGACGUUGCACAAAAAGAAAUCGAUGGCGAGGCGGGGUAAAGGCAAGGCCAAGAUCCACGCCUUGAAUGUUCUAGACAACGAUGUUGGUUGCUCAGAAUCGAAUGUCCACAUCGGUAAUGGCAUACCAUGCAGGGGGCAAGAACGUUUGCACACACUUCCUCCUCUCCUCGUGCAAAUUCGGUGCCCACCAAUGUGUCUAUUCGCAUUUGACGACGUACUUUCCUAA